GAAAGUGAUCCAUGUCUGUAGUUAAGAAGGAGAUGAUGAUGUACUGCUUUGAUGUUAUCCUGAACAGAUUGACAGGAUAUCCCUUAGCAGCGCCUGAAUUUGAUGUAGCGCAGAAAUAUGGCAUUUUUGUAACGUUAAAAAAGGUCCACAAGAACAGACGCGACCUUCGUGGCUGCAUUGGCUGUUUGAUGCCAAUUACCCUUGAUAAUUUAAAGAAGUACGCUCUGUACAGUGCUUUCGGUGACAGCCGAUUUGAACCUCUGACGCUGGAAGAGGUUCCCGAGCUGGAAUGCGAAGUAUCGCUCCUCCACACAUUCGAGACAGCCAAGAACGCCCUGGAUUGGGAGGUUGGCAAGCAUGGCAUCAUGAUCGACUUCGAAGUGGACGACCGCGAGUUCCACGCGACUUUCCUCCCCGAAGUGGCAUCAGAAGAAGGCUGGGAUCAGAAGACGACGCUGCGCUACCUGGUGCGGAAGGCGGGCUGCUUUAUGUUUGACGACGAGCUUUUGGAUUCGAUUCAAUGCACGCGCUAUCAGACUGAGAAGGCGUAUCUGCUGUUCCAGGACUAUGUCAAGAUGACACAGGAGAGGAAUCGAGACGCUGCUGAAUUUUUGAAGAGUCGGGGAAUUGAGCUGAAGUGGAAUGUUUGUUGGAAUCAUUGA